AUGUCGUCCUCGCCUUCGCGUCCACGCGGUCAGUCCGACAGCGCGGACGAGCUCGCCGGCGAAUUCGUCACGCAGCCUACCCAACCACUCUAUGCCACCCACUCACCCUUUUUCGCCGCUCCCAGGACGACGCAACCCACGCAGAUGCUUACACCGCGGGCGAACCGGACAUACAAUCCGUCGCAAGUCCAAGUCGCGCGCUCGUCGCCCGCGAGUGACCGAGGGUACUCCCCAGCAGUGUCCCAGUCGCAGCGCCAGUUUAUCAAUGCAAUGGCACCGCCCGGCACCUCAUGGCGCCUCCCGAAGCCUGUUGCGCGCCCGCCCGCGAUUGACCUGACUUUUUCCGACGACCCGCCCGUCGAACCCGAUUCCGAAGAGGAGGAUGCAUACAGGGGCUCUAACAUAGUUCCUUCCAAGAUCGAAACUCAGCCGCGGACUUUGCGUGUCGAGGAGACGCCCCAGAAGCCGGCGUUCGACAUGUCUGGCUACGUCUACGCUGCCAUUCCCCGAAAGCGUCCCGCGGACGCAUACAUGCCUAGCACUCCGCCUCGAGAGAAGAAGCCGAGGCCAUUGCCCCGACAGACCGGCCCGUCGCGCGCCGUGGCCGUCGAUUUGACUCAGGACGAGGACUUGACCAUCGAGGAUAUCCCGGAUCUGGGCUUGCAGCACAAGGUGCGGAGGAUUCAGGCUGUAUUUCCUCGGAAGACUGUGAAGCAUAUGUAUGAGGCGCUCAUGAAGAAGAAGGGCAAUUUCGAUGAUACCAUGAGCUACCUCGCCGAAGAGACCUCGGAUGACGAGCUGCUUCGCACCCCGUCAGAGAUUGCGGCGCUGAGACAGUCGCCCCAGCGCGUUGUUGAGCCGAAGAAGACGGCCCAGCGAACUCUCAAUGCGCCUGUCAAGAGCUUGCAGGAGAGGUAUUCGAAGACGUACCAGACGUAUCAAACUCCCAGCGCUACGGAGAGCCCGGAACAUCCCAGGAGGAAAGGCCGACUUAUUCGUGGUCGACGCAACCGUUCCCCCUCGCCUCAGCCGACGCCUCAGCGCCCGCAGAAGAAGGACGUACUGCCACAGAGCGGGGACGAAGCCAUUGAAAUCCUGUCUGACACUGUCUCCGAAGCCGAAGCCUCGAAUGAGGAAGUCUUCGACGAAGGCAGUUUGCUCGGCUUCUUCAACACUUGCUCUGUGGAGGCCAUGGUGGAUCUGUCUGGCCACAAAACGGACGACGUCCGCGCGGUCCUGGAACAACGCCCGUUCAAGUCCCUGGAUGCAGUUGAGAAGAUCCACGUAGACUCUCAAAAGGCGGCAAAGGGUAACAAGAAGGGUCGCAAGCCCAAGUAUACGUUUGGUCAGAGGCUGGUCGAAGCUGCGAGGGACAUGUGGAGCGCCUACGAAGGCAUCGAUAACGUUGUUAAGCAAUGCGAACUUCGCGGGAAGCCCAUGGUGGCCACAAUGGCUCGCUGGGGUAUCGAUCUCUCUGGUGCUUCAACGGAAGGUGAGGUCGGCGUUACAAGCCUCGACAACCGCAGCGAUGCCGGCUCUGCUCGCGACUCUGGAUAUCAGAGUCCGCGCAGCGCCCACGGGAGCGAUACUGACGGAGAUGGCUUGCGCGAGAUCUCGCAGCGAGCGUUUGUGGGCAAGCUGAAGGGAAAACAAAGGCUUUUGAAGAAGCCUGCUAUCAUGAACGACGACAUUGAGCUCAAGGAUUAUCAGGUCGUGGGUCUAAACUGGCUGAAUCUCCUUUGGACAAAUGGGAUAUCCGGUAUCUUGGCCGACGAUAUGGGGCUGGGCAAGACUUGUCAGGUCAUUGCUUUCCUGUCUCAUUUGAAGGAAACACGCCAACCGGGUCCUCAUGUGAUCAUCGUUCCAGGGUCAACUCUGGAGAACUGGGCUCGCGAAUUCGAGCAUUUCUCUGACCGGAUCAACAUCGAGGUGUACUACGGACGGCAACCGGAACGCCUUGCGAAGCAGGAAGACAUCCUAGAGGGUGUUGCUAAUGGGCACAUCGAUGUGGUCUUGACUACCUAUGACCUCGCUUUCAAGAAGGAGGACAACGCUUUUCUGCGGAAGUGUAGGCCGCAGAUGUGCAUCUUCGACGAAGGCCAUGUUCUUCGCAACUCCAACACACAGCGCUACCGGAGCCUGAUGCGCAUCAACGCGAAGUGCCGCCUGCUCCUUACCGGUACACCGCUCCAGAACAGUCUUCAGGAGCUUUUGUCGAUCCUUGCCUUCCUCAUGCCUGAUAUCUUCCAGGGCGAGCUGAUCAAAGAAUACGUGUCGAUUGCUUUCAAGCACAAGGCCAAGGUCAACGAGAGCGAUACCCACGGCACGCUCUUGUCCACGCAGCGUAUCCAUCGGGCCCGCUCGAUGAUGACUCCUUUCAUCCUGCGACGGAAAAAGGCUCAGGUUCUCAAGCAUCUACCGAAGAAGACAUGCCGCGUGGAGUAUUGUGAACUCACUCCCACGCAAAAGAAGCUGUACGAUCAGCAACUCGAGGAUCAGCGCAAGGUGCUUCUCGAUCGCGCUGCCGGGAUCCAGUCGAAGGAGCAGACAAACGUCAUGAUGAAGCUGCGCCAGGCGGCCAUUCACCCGCUACUCUUCCGCGAACGCUACGAUGACGACAAGAUCCGCAAGAUGUCCAAGGCUUGUCUAAAAGAAGAGCGAUUCAGGAACAGCGAUCCUGACAUCGUUUUCGAGGAGCUUCAACUGUACCAGGACUAUCAGUGCCAUGACCUGGCACGCAAGUACCCCAAGGCGCUCGGCAAGUUUGAGCUCCAGCACAAAGAGUGGAUGGAUUCGGGCAAGGUGUCCAAGCUCGUCGAACUCCUCAAGAAGUUCAAGGAGAACGGCGACCGCACGCUCGUCUUCUCGCAGUUCACCUCCGUCAUGGAUAUCCUGCAGUGGGUGCUAGACGACCUAGACAUCGGCUAUUUCCGCCUCGACGGCCAGACCCCGAUCGACCAGCGCCAGCAGAUGCUCGACGAGUUCUACAAAGACGACUCGAUCCCCGUGUUCAUGCUGAGCACCAAGUCCGGCGGCGCAGGCAUCAAUCUGGCCUGCGCAAACAAGGUCAUCAUCUUCGACUCCUCCUUCAACCCGCAAGACGACAUCCAAGCCGAGAACCGCGCCCACCGCGUCGGCCAGACGCGCCCCGUCGAAGUCGUCCGCCUCGUCACUAGCGGCACCGUCGAGGAGCAGAUCCACGCCCUCGGCAUCAGCAAGCUCGAGCUGGACAAGCUGGUGUCUGGGGAGGAAGCCGCCGAGGGCGGCGCGAAGAAGGCGGAUAAGCUGAGCGCGGCGGAGGAGAGGGGGCUUGAGGCCGUGGAGCAGAUGAUGAUGGCGCAGCUGGAGGGUCCGGGGAAGGCGGAUGUGAAGGAUCAGUUUUUGAACGGCUUGAAGCGGGCGGGUUUGGAUAUGAGUGCGGCUUGA